GAUUACUGAAAACAAUUACAUGUGACUGGCGAAUAUAUCAUACCGUUGCAAGAAAGAUGUCCGAAAUUUCAGCUAUGGAUGAGGAUGAAGCGAGUGUUGCUGGAGAAACUCCUAACCCGCCGAAUACAUUACAUUACAGUAAAUCAGAAUAUUUUGGCAAAAAAUUAAAAAGUUGGUUGCAUCAUCCGGACAAUGAAGGCAAUCUGAAGCUUUUCCGCAAUGCUGUAGAACAUAUGGAACAGAAAUUUGGAAUAGAACUUUCUUCUUUCGACUUGACAUGUCUCGAGUGGCAGUAUGUCAAAUCCGUAUUGGAAAUUUGGCAGGAAAAGGCUUUCGAAAAAGCGUCUCAGGAUCUGACAACGACUAACCACCCCUCAGAGAUAUCUAUUCUAGUAAACGAGUUUAAUUCUAUCAGUUCAUUCCAUGACGUUGAAACGACGCAAUUGGCACAAUCACGAGUUCGAAUCUGGUGUGACGGAGGGUGUCGGUAUUUUCAGUUGAUUGCCAAACAGGGACAGCUGUUCAAACAAGCUCCUCGUUUUGCCAUUCUUGUUCCCUGCCAUUUUAAUAACUUCAAAAUUCUUUGCAUCAAAGAGAUUUUCUUCCGAUGUUGGCAGAAUUUCGUGAAAGACGAAACUAAUGGUGAGAAAUACCAAAAAUGCAUUUCCGCCCUAAUUUCCUUACUGGUGAAAGCCUUUGAAAACAAGGAAUUGCUAGACAUUAUAGAGUUGUUCUUCGAGGAUAUUCUCGAUGAAUUGCCCACCGGCAAAGCAAUUGAUUGGCGCAUAUUUUGCGAGGAAAAACUGCAAAAGUUCCCGGCUGGUAGCAACGAAGAGAGUUCGACUCCUGAUUGGUUCCAAAAAUUUAAAGAAGCCGUUGAAGAAAUAGGGAAAGAAGCGUGGACCUCGCGUUUCACAUUAAUGAUGAAUGAAGUUUUGAAGCUAUACUUGCUGCCACGAACAAAGGUCGAAACCACGGACGAUAACGGAAGGAAAAUUAUUUUUGUCAGAGGAAAAGUUGUAUUUCUUAGCAAAGUUAUAGAUAAAAUGGAAAAAUUAAAAAAGGACGAUGUAGGUCUCCAGGAAAUCAAAAUUGUUGGACUAAAAUCCGUUCACAUUGAUUGCAACUUGGAUAACGACAUCUGGCAUGGCACAAAUUUAGGACUGGACACUGACAAAAUCAUUGUUGAUGAUGAAUUUUCUUGGAACUUUUCUGGUCAACACAACAACGAACAAAAUGCAAGAGAACCACGUCAACCAGGUGAAAGUGGUGGUAACGUACACAUCAUUUGCAACGAGAUGGUCAAUGCCAAGCAAUGGACAAUCAUAUCUGAUGGAGGGGACGGAAGUUCAGCUCACAAAUGGACUAAGGAGGAAUUUAACCAAGCUUUUCCUUCCAUGUCACUAUUCGAAGGAGGCGAAGGCAAUAUGAAAACGGUUGCUGAAGCGUUAGAACAUCUUUCACCAGAAGAUAAUGUAUUGGGAAACCUUAAAGAGAAGGGUUAUAUCCGCGGACCCAUGUCCGAUAUCAAUGAGGUCAUGGUAUCAUUUUACAAAUCGGAGACGAAACGCGAUUCGCUUAUCUUUUUUCAAGGACGAGGAGUCGGACAAGGUGGAUACGGUGGCUCUGUGAUUGUGGAAAUUUUAAAUAGAUUGACGUCUACCACAUUACCUAACCUCCCAUGUAUCGGGAAUCAGAAGCGCCUACCAUCCGCUACCUAUAUGCCUAAUGUCUAUGAGGCAUGUGGUGCUGACGGCAAAAUUGGUAAACCCGCCGGUGAUAUUGGUUUCAUUCACAGUGUCAAGACAACCAAAGAGAAUAAGGAAGGGAGGUAUUUUGGUUUUGACUCCGAUGUCAGGCUUCAGUUAAAGUUCUGCGAUCGUAAAUCGAAAGACGUCAACUUGUACGCUAAAGUAAAGCCCGUUGCAGGAGGAACAUCAAAGGCGAAGUAUGCGUCAAUAAUUAUAGAUCAGCCUGUUCCUACAUCUGAUCCUACAAUACUGGUUGAAGCUACCAGGAAAAAGAUCAUCCUUCGCCAAAGUCUGUUUCAGCAUUAUUCCGAGAUAAAUCAACACAAGGAAAUUUCUCAGUCCCUUGAAGAGAUAUUUUCCAGCACACGGCAACCUCAGCCAACUAGUUUGAUACCAAAGGAUUUGGCAACAUUCAACGAAAAACUCGAGCGGAUGAUGUAUCAAGACCAGCAAAAUCGAUUAGAAAUCGCACAAGCAAAAACGCUUAAGCCAGCCCCUCUAAAUCAAUUAAAAGCCGACACUUCAGGCACUUCUUCGCUACGAGCCGACGAACAGGAAGUUGCAACUAUAAUACAAAACACUCCGAACACGACAUUCGACUCUGACGUACACCCAAACCAAAACCCUGCAGUAAGAAACGUGGAGGAGAUCAUCAGUAUUAUGCAGCAAAAUGAAAAUAUGACUAAUAAUAACCUGAAGUUUCUUCUUCUUUUAAAAGAAAAUGUUAUAGAAUCCAAAACAAUGGAUCUUAAGGAGAGCACCUUCUUAAAAUCGAUCAAAGACCAAGGAUUAAAUCUAGCGAGUGACGAAAACCUAAACUGCUUCCUCCGUGUCUACAGUUACGGCGUCCAAAAAAAACUAGGAUUUUCCUUGCGUGAUGCGCAAAGAGUGGCUAUCAUGGCAUUGUUACAAAAACGUCCAAAUUCCAAGAAAACGUUGGUUCAAGUAUCAACUGGUGAGGGCAAAUCUUUGAUUGUUGCCGGAGUGGCCAUCGCAUUGGCUCUUUCUCAGAUUACAAAAUCGAAACCAUUAUCACCAGUUGACGUUAUUACCAGUAACAACGUCCUAGCUAUACGCGAUACUAACACUUCGUCGGACAAGGGAGGACUCAAGGAUCUGUAUGACCUCUUUGGAGUCAGUGUAGCAAAUAAUUGCAGCCAUUUGAAAGGGGAACGUGUAAAAGCCUACGAAGCAGCCGUGGUUUACGGGGAACUGGCAAAUUUCCAGCGUGAUUACUUACUGAAAAAUUUUUACAACUACAAUACUCGUGGUGACCGAGAAUUCACGAAUGUCAUUAUUGACGAAGUGGAUUGCAUGUUGCUGGACCGCGGCAGCAACACUCUGUACCUAUCGCACGAUAUUCCAGGCAUGGAGAUGCUUGAAUCUUUGUAUGUUUUCAUCUGGGAAAUGUUGAAAAACUGGGAAAAAUCAAAAACUUCGAUGGCAUCCGUUACAAAAUCAAUCAAAUCAGAAGUGUAUUAUGACUUGUUUGGCGUCACAUCUAUGGACGAUUUGGAGUUGGUUCAUGCGAAAUUAAAAGAUUUACCUUCGGAAAAAACAGCGCUGUGGAAUCACCUAGUUAAUCAAAAAGUAAUUGAUGAUAAAGGACGUCUAGUCAUUACUGAUGCCAACAAAAUAACAAAAGAGGAGAUCAACUAUGUCCCUAAUGCGACACAACUCCAAGUGAACAAUCUUAAUGCAAAAUUGGUUUUCUAUUUCCGCAAAAUUGCCAAUCGCCAGCGUCGCUUCCGAUUACCUUCUCACCUGCUCGACUUUGUUGAUCGAAACCUUGACACUUGGUUAAAUAGCGCCUUUCAGGCUUUGGAUCUAAGACGCGACGAGCACUACGUCAUUGACCAAGACCGAACAGACACUAAUCUGGAUCUCAAUCCGCAAGUGAUUAUAAUCGAUCCUGACACUGGAACAGACCAGACUUUGUCGCAAUGGGACGGAGCCUUGCACCAGUUCGUUCAACUGAAGGAAGGGUGUAAAUUGACGCUGCAAAGUCUCAAAGCCGUUUUCAUUUCCAAUGCCACGUACAUCUUGGAAUACAACAAAAUGAUGGGCGUGUCGGGUACACUAGGGUCCAAAAAAGAGCAAGAAUUUUUGAGCGACAAGUACGGGUGCGAUUUCUUUGAAGUUCCGACCGCUUUUUCUAAAAAAUUCACUCUCAAACCAACCAAAGUUCUCCGAUCGGGAGCAGAGUGGCUAGAGGAAAUAAUCAAAGAAACGCGGGAUGUUCUUAAUAUAUCGGAAGGAAUACAGGAUCAACCACAGCGUGAUGUAAGCAAUGUGGACGUAAAAUCUCGAUCCAUUAUUAUUUUUUGCAGGACCAUCAGAGAAGUCAAUCAAGUUUACCGUAGGCUGAAACGUCAUCGUCUCACUCGUUUGAUUCAUCGAUACACACGAGACUACGAAAAAUUUGCCUUUGAAAGUAGUGAACUGGGCAUUGGACACGUUAUCGUCGCCACGAACUUGGCUGGACGAGGAACAGACAUUAAGAUUAGCAACGAUUUGAAAGCUAACGGAGGUCUACACAUUUGCUUGACUUAUUUACCCGAAAACGAACGGAUCAAAGAGCAAGCGAUGGGUCGUGCAGGAAGAAAAGGAGAACAAGGAAGUGGAAUCCUUAUCUUAUGCGACACCGAGUCACAAGAAAAGGAUGAAAAACUUGGUGAUGAGCAAUUGUUCAACAAUAUGGAAAAAGAACGAGAUGAACAAGAAUUACAGCGAUUAUCGCGGUUGGACGAGGAUUUCAAAGAUAACGAUAUUCAAAAAAAAUUGUUCCUGGAUUUUAUCAAAACAUUUUCGAUGCAAAACAUCAAAAAUGAAUUGGAGAAAUGCAAAGAAAUGAGAAAAACAGAAAAAGGAGAUGAUGUUGAAUACCAAGACUAUCAGGUGUUGGUUCAGGCCAUUCGUGACAGCGCCCUAGACAAAUGGGCUCUUUGGCUUGAUACAAAAGAAUUCGAUCGUUCCAACGUAGAGUUUCCUGAUAAAUUACACGGUUUUGAGAACUUUGACAACAUAAUCAACUGGAUCACGCCUGCUCGCGCAAUAGCUGUAGCAAAUGAUCUUGCAAAUUCCUGCAAGAAACCGAACCUCUCCAAGGCAGAACAGAUUUUGAAACAACUUGUUAGUUCCGAAUACAGUUUAUGUUAUCCAGCUGCUCACUACUACCAGAUUUUUAUUUCUCUCAAACAAAACAAGUUCGAGAACGCAAAAGACGAAUUCUUACGCAAGUUACGAGCCACGGAGACCAUUAUCACCCAGCAAAUUGACAUGCAACAGUCUUUCAAUAGCACAAUCAAUCAGAUAAAACAACAAGAUAAACCAGACGAAAUUCCUUUUUUUCGUGACUCUGACGCUUACAACGAACAGAAAAAAAAUGAAGUGAGAAUUUGGACAUGUUUACGUGAGUCCAUUGUCUCCUUGUUGGACAAUCACUGCUCUAUCGCAAGCCUUCGUGAAGCGAGUAAAGUUCCGGACGAACAACCAGGUCCUCAAGAUAAAACCUCAACCGAAGAAAUGCCAAGGGACGAAAAAAUUCGUCGAGAGAAAGUUGGCAAGUAUUAUAAAUCUCUGGUAGAAGCAAAAUGCAUUGCUUGCGAGCUCAACGAUCCCAACACUAUCCCGAGCCAAAGUAUAUUCCCCGACGGCAGUUUGCGUAAUCGAAGUGCAAUCAUCCAGCAGAUAGAAGACGACUAUGAUUGUAUUGGAGCAUCACUCGAAAAAACGCUAGUGUCCGUCUUUGACAAAGCCUUAAGUGAACAAGAGAUUGAAAAGGAGCUUGAAAAAAAAGUUUUUAUCCCAUCUAGUAGGAAGGCGUUCUGGAAGAAACUCGUCGAUGCUGGUGCCUUGAAGAUUCCAAAGAACGGCAUCGAAAUGGAAUGCGUCAUCAUAUCAGACAGGCAGUACGAACACAUACCCGAGCUUGAUAGAGAAGAGGCUAUCAUGUUAAAUUUUGGAUACGACACUUACGAUCAAGCACUAAAAUGCCUUACCAUCCUCUAUCAUCCGAUAUACGAAAACAAACAACAGUUGGACGACAGCAAAAAACUUAUGUUUCCCAAGAAGUAUGUCAAACGAAUCACAAACUAUGAGCUAGAAAAGCAAAAUUUCGAGUUCAACAAGAUCGCUCUUCUUGACCUCAAGAAGCUCAAAAAUAUGGAACUUAGAGAAUUUGGUCGUCUGCUCUAUGAUGACUUCUUUCGAAUAAAUAUUGUUCCAGCUGAACGAGAAGGCAUUUGGAAGGAACUAAAGAAGCAGGAGAUCAUCGAUGAUCAGGGUUUUCUGGUGCCCAAUUGCGAUUUAACCAAAGGAUUUAACUAUCCGCAGUGCCCCAUCUAUUCAGACGCUGUGAUGCAUCUCAUCGAACAAAAAUUUGUCGCAGAAAUAGUCCGACGUCAGUGGCUAAAAAUAAAAGCUCGUCAAACAAUGUCCAAAGAGGAUCCUGAUUAUCUGAAAGCGAUCAACUUUUUACCGUUAAAACCACACCGAGACAUGCUCGGAGAUUUGAUGGCGGCCCACGUCGUUUCUGGGGCUCGACUUAUGUACGACACAAAGAGGAAACUAGCAGAGGAAAUUUCGAAAAUCAAAGAUGCUGAUGAAAGAGAACAAAAAUUUCUUUUGGAGUUCUUCGAAGAUCGACUACCUCUCUAUACUAUGACAGCAGCGCCAAAAUUUUCUCUCGAACCCUUAGAACGUAUCAUAGGCGCAUUUCCGUCAGCGGUUAACGUCUUCAGCGAACUUCUUGUCUUCCGUCUAAUGGGACUAAACAGUGUCAUAGGAAUAGAGGAACAGAAAUGGUCGUUGAAGAGAAAAUCCUUAGGAUUACUGUUCUCUUCAUUCAUCAUUGCUGGCGGAAUGGCAUCCAUAAGUGCUGGAGUUUUACUACGCAUUUUCUGCCCAGAACUACCAUCUCGACUUUAUCGAAAUGUGUUACUCAGGGGAGGCUGGUCUGACAUUGCCUACGCCAUUGCGACUGUUUUGUCGCAUAAGGACUUCACCUGGAACGAAUACUGGCGCCAGAGAAUUAGGAGUGCAUCAGGAAAAGUGGGUCCAAUUGAGGCGAUCCACAGCCUGCGGAAAUUAUCUGCCAACGCGAAUAAACAUAGCGAUCAACGGGUUGAGUCAAAUGAUGCCCAAAUAAGGAUCGCAGGUGGCAAAAUCGCAAACUUCCCAAGGACAGUUGAAAAUGAUGACAUAUGUAAUGUGUAGCAUUCACGAGUGUGUUAUAGCAUACCUGCCUCAAUUAAAAAAAGGAAAUUCCAUUUCAACAUGUAGUUUUUAGUGAUGUGAUUUUAUGGUUAUGGUAUUGCGCUCUUUGUGACAGUUUUUGCAUUUUGCGGUUUGGAUGUUUUGCUGUCU